AUGGGAAAAUCUAUCAACACAAAGGCAUCCUUGGCGAUGACAAAAAAGUCGGGCGUGUCUAAGAUGAAAACGACCUCUGUGGCUAAAAAGGCGGUAAAAAAACGAGUUGAAAUUGACCUACAACAGUCUAAAGACAGGGAUCCCAUCGAUUCUAAGAUGGUGUCUGAAACCCAGACUGAAGAGAAGCAUGUUACUGAUGACAAUGAAGCGCAACACUUGGCUGAUGAGAUUGAGGCAAAACAAAUUGCCGAACAAGAAGCUCGCAGGAGUGGGCAUUAUGACAGCAUUGUUCCAAACUUGUCGGAGUGGUGGAUGCAGAAUUUAUAUUCAGGAGAUGCUGUCGACGAAGCAUUGGAACGCCAUGACCAUAUCCAUACGGGUAACGCGCUUUUUAUUGCGUUGGAAGAACGUUUUCCGGGCGCUUGGAACCAACCUUGCCUCUGGUAUGACGAUCCAUUUAACAAUAAUACAGGGACAGCAACUUGUGAAGAUCAUCUUGCCCGCAUUUUCACAUCGAUGAAUUUGGAUAACAGUCAAUUGACUAAGUACCUCAUUGCCGCAUUUGACACUGAAAUGAUGGAAGUGAAUCCAUCUGAAGAUAUUCGGUCUUUACGCAUCUUGGCAAUGCGGAUUUCUUUACAAAAUCCGUUUUUCUUUUUCCGUAUUGAUGAGUUUGAAGAUAAACUGGAUGACAACCAUUUCUUUUCAGGCAAAAUGAACAAUGCACGUCUACGCUUGGAGCAUCCCUUGGAGGGCUUUUGGUUAAUAUGCUCCAAAUUGUUUGACUAUCCUUGGAUUAAUGAGUUUCUGUUGGAGUAUUACAAUGACCCACCAUCGACAAUUGCCGAUGCAAUCAAACAAACUGUCAAAUGGACCUGCUCUACAGACCUGAAUGGGAGCCUCAACGCCCUGUCUGUUUCAAUGAGCAGUCCAAUAUGUUCAUGCAAUUGGGAUGGAUUCCAGCAAUUUGAUGGAACCCCGAAGUAUCAAAGCAAUUUACAUUGA